AUGGAUCACCGCUACUCCUCUUCGCGAUACACGACCGCCCGCCCGCGGUCGCCAACAUUCAAUCCUGCAAGGGCUUCGCUUCCAACAAGCAUCGGCUAUAGCUCCAUGUACGGAGGAGACAUUCAUGUCAUGCCCACGUCUUCGACCAGAUACGCCUCGUCUAGCUCACGAGGCCACCAUCAUCACCAUUCGGGCACUCCGGCGACCACUACAACGACUUACGCCGUUACCAAGGAUCCUCUGGCUCGUGGAACAGGCCUGAGAGAUGCGAGCCGCACCCGCAGCCAUCGCUCGUCAACACUCGAUUCCACCGCCGCUCGUCCGGUCAUCGUCACUACAACCCAGGCCCGACCGCAAGCGAGCUCAUCGUCGCACCACUCUUCGAGCAACAGACAUUCCAGCCCGACUCGCGAAGAUUAUCGCUCCAGCGAUACGACGUUCUACACACAACCCGCCUCCUCCAUACGUUCCCGGAGCCACCACCGAGGCGGCUCCUACAGUUCCACAAUGGACAAUGAAGAAUUUGCUCGUUUGCGCGAGCGAACACUCGAUCCCACUUUGGCCAGGCAUGACACGUACCGUCCGUCGAGGUCGUCCGCCCUUUACCCCAACAGUACUCGACAUGCCAACGCCCCCAUUGACAUUGGUGGGGAUGGAUACGAAUACACCACACCAAGCGACCUCGCGCGCUACGACUUGGAUCACACUCGACCGCCAUCAAGAUCACGCCGGAGAGAGAGUGUCGACCGGGGCUACUACCGCCCAAGUGUCAAUGUGACUACAACAGAGACUGCAGGCCGCCCUUACGACGCCGGCCGAUUUGAGAAACGAGGUGGCCCUCCGCCCACCACCCGGGGCUUGGACAAGAUCAACCGUUCGACUACGAAUGUUUACGACCCAGCGCAAUCCUCUAUCCCCCCAGCAGCUCCUGCUGCGCCCGUUCAUCUACCGGUACCUCCGAGUCCGAAAGAUAGACGCUCCAGCGGCGUUCCAUCUUCCAUGGAUGUGGCCGCGACUUCUGUAGCCGCCGCAACAGUCGCAGGCGCCACUGCCUCUCGACGUCCCGUUCAUCACGAAGACUACUACCGAAGCCGCGAUGACGACCGGGCCCAGCGACAAGCCAGGGACGCGGAUCGCAAAUAUGACACUGUUUACGGUAGCGGCGAUUACUACCAUGACGAUGGAGUGACUUCACGUGGUUUUGGCAUUCGUACAGACUCGGCCCCGGUCGGCGGUGACUUUGACGAUCGGCGUGAGUCGCGCAGAGAACCACGCCCCGAGUCUCGAAACGGGUAUCACUCGGAGUCCCGUCCCGGAUACCGACCUGAGUCACGCGGUGGCCACCGAACCUCCCCCUCGGACACCAAGAGGGGCUCAGACGAUGAGUCCAAGCGCCGGGAUGAUAAGGACCGUCCGAAGCGGGAGUCUGUCCGCCUUGAAGCUGACAAGGACCGGCACACGCGGCGUACCAGUACGGCUACUGAAGAUGAAGCUGAGCGGAAACGGUUACGCGACAAACUGAGUGCGGGACUUGGCCUCGCAGCUACUGCUAUCGGCCUUGGUACGGCAGCGAAAGAGAAAGAAAAAGAUGAGCGUCCUGAGAAGCUGGAGCGAGAGUCCCGCCGCCGGAGCGAUGAGGAAGACCCCGGAGCUCGUGCUGCUGAAAGAUACAAGCCUCGGGAUGAGUCUCGAGACCCACGCGACCGUGCCCCUGUCAUUGUUGAGACACGUAGAGCGCCCGCCGAACAAGAUGCCGAACUUCGUGACCGUGACAGAGAACGCGAUCGAGACCGGAACCGUAGGGAGGCCGAGGCUCACCUCACAGGCGACAGCCUUCCGACAUCACAACGCGAUGGCUCUCCGGAUGACGAUGAGCAAAGGUCCAGGCGGCCCAAGCGGCAAACAAUUGGAUUCAACCCUACUAACACAAACGAUAUUCGCGAGCUGAAAGAGCAGUUGGCCGCCAUGAAGGACGACAAACCCAAGGAGAAGGUCCCGGUUCCCGUGGACAGGUCGGAUCGCUCCGAACGUUCGGAUCGCCCUGAGAGAUACGAGCGAUCGGAGCGACUGGACAGGCCAGAACGACUAGACAGAUCCGACCGAUUGGAGAGAGAUGACAGAUCGGACAAACAAACCUACGCCGAUCUUCCUAUUCGAGAACCAAAGGAGCGCACGCCUUCACCCAAGAAGGAAUCGCCUCCUCCUAAGAGAGAAUCGCCCGUCUCCAUCCCUUCGGCCGAAUCGGGUAUCGCCUCGAGCAGAGAUGAGUACCGCGGCCGUGACACAACACCACCUCGUUCGGACGAGAAGCAGGUUCGCGUUGUGUCACCACCUCGCGACAAGUCCGACGCCAAGCCUCUUAAGGGUAUUCUGAAGGCGCCCAGCAAGUUUCCUGAAGAAGACAACCCUAUCCGCGAGGGUGUUGCACCUCACAAGGACGACAAGAAGCUGAAGGAAGUCCCACCCGGUGCCCGGUGGACCAAGAUCAGUCGCAAGAUCGUCAACCCGGAGGCUUUGACCGUCGGCAAGGAGCGUUUCGAGGUUCGCGAUGAUUUUGUUAUCGUUCUCCGUGUCCUCAGCAAGGAGGAAAUCCAAGCAUAUGCCGCCGCAACGCAGGUCUUGAGAGAGCGGAGGCGUGAAGAGUCUGGCAAGGACCGCGAUCGGAGUGACCGCGACCGGGACCACGAUCGUGGCCGUGAUCGGGAUGGCGACGAUGAUGACAGACGGAAGCACCGUCACCACAGGAGAGAAGAGGGCGAUGACGAUCGGUACGACGACGAUCGCGACAGAGACCGCCACCGCAGACACCGUCGAGAUGACGAGGAUUACGACGACGACCCAAGGCGUCGGGAUGACUACCACCACCGUCACCACCGAGAGCGUGAGCGCGAGCCUCUGGCCAUCGAGGGCUGA